AGCGGGCGCGCGCCGCGCCGCCUAGUCCCCGCCAGGCCGCCGGCCCCGCCCCUGCCCUCCCGCGAGCUGCGCACCGCCGGCCGCUGCCCCAGCUGCCCGAGCCCGCGCCCUCGUCCGCACGACCAGGCGGCGGGACCAGGCCAGCAGCAUGAGCGGUGGCGGCGACGUGGUGUGCACCGGCUGGCUGAGGAAAUCGCCCCCCGAGAAGAAGUUGAGGCGCUAUGCCUGGAAGAAACGCUGGUUUAUCCUACGGAGUGGCCGGAUGAGCGGUGACCCAGAUGUUCUGGAAUACUACAAGAACGAUCACUCCAAGAAGCCUUUGCGGAUCAUCAACCUGAACUUCUGUGAACAGGUAGAUGCAGGCCUGACCUUUAACAAGAAGGAGCUGCAGGAUAGUUUUGUGUUUGACAUCAAGACCAGUGAGCGCACCUUUUACCUCGUGGCUGAGACGGAAGAGGACAUGAAUAAGUGGGUCCAGAGCAUCUGCCAGAUCUGUGGCUUCAAUCAGGCUGAGGAGAGCACAGACUCCCUGAGAAACAUUUCCUCAGCCGGUCAUGGCCCCCGCUCUUCUCCAGCUGAGCUCAGCAGCUCUAGCCAGCACCUUCUCCGAGAACGCAAAUCCUCAGCCCCAUCACACUCCAGCCAGCCAACUCUGUUCACGUUUGAACCCACCGUGUCAAACCACGUGCAACCCACCUUGUCCACCAGUGCUCCUCAGGAGUAUCUCUACUUGCACCAGUGUAUAAGCCGAAGAGCAGAAAAUGCAAGGAGUGCCAGCUUCUCUCAGGGCACCAGGGCCUCUUUUCUCAUGAGGAGUGAUACAGCCGUACAAAAACUUGCCCAAGGCAAUGGACACUGUGUUAACGGGGUCGGUGGUCAAGUCCAUGGCUUCUAUAGCCUUCCCAAGCCAAGCCGGCACAAUACAGAAUUCAGAGACAGUACCUAUGACCUCCCCCGCAGCCUGGCCUCCCAUGGCCACACCAAGGGCAGCCUCACAGGCUCUGAGACAGAUAAUGAGGAUGUGUACACCUUCAAGACGCCCAGCAACACCCUGUGCCGGGAGUUUGGGGACCUCCUGGUAGACAAUAUGGAUGUUCCGGCUACCCCACUCUCAGCCUACCAGAUCCCUAGGACAUUCACUCUGGACAAGAACCACAAUGCCAUGACAGUGGCCACUCCUGGGGACUCAGCCAUAGCUCCCCCACCCCGGCCCCCCAAGCCAAGUCAGGCAGAAACACCUCGAUGGGGCAGCCCUCAGCAGAGACCUCCAAUCAGUGAAAAUAGCAGAUCUGUCGCUGCCACCAUCCCCAGACGCAAUACCCUCCCUGCAAUGGACAACAGCCGACUUCACCGAGCUUCUUCCUGUGAGACCUACGAGUACCCCCAGCGUGGUGGAGAGAGUGCAGGCCGGUCUACUGAAUCCAUGAGUGAUGGAGUCAGCUCUUUCCUGCCAGGGAAAAUGAUUGUGAGCCGAUCGGACAGCACCAAUUCUGAAGAUAACUACGUGCCCAUGAACCCAGGUUCUUCCACCCUGUUGGCCAUGGAACGAGCAGGUGAUAAUUCCCAGAGUGUCUACAUCCCAAUGAGCCCAGGGGCCCAUCACUUUGACCCACUUGGCUACCCAUCAACAACCCUUUCUAUGCAUCGAGGCCCCAGCAGAGGAAGUGAGAUCCAGCCACCCCCUGUCAACCGCAACCUCAAACCUGACCGGAAAGCAAAGCCAACACCACUUGACCUGAGAAACAACACCGUCAUCGAUGAGCUCCCCUUCAAGUCACCUAUCACCAAGUCUUGGUCUAGGGCCAACCACACCUUCAACUCCAGCUCCUCGCAGUACUGCCGCCCCAUCUCCACCCAGAGUAUCACCAGCACAGACUCAGGAGACAGUGAAGAGAACUAUGUCUCUAUGCAAAACCCAGUGUCUGCAUCUCCUGUUCCCAGUGGCACCAACAGUCCUGCCCCUAAGAAGAGCACCGGCAGUGUUGAUUAUCUGGCCCUGGACUUCCAGCCGAGCUCCCCAAGCCCUCACCGCAAGCCAUCUACUUCAUCUGUCACUUCUGAUGAGAAGGUGGACUAUGUUCAGGUGGACAAGGAGAAGACCCAAGCCCUUCAGAACACCAUGCAGGAGUGGACAGACGUGCGGCAGUCCUCGGAGCCCUCCAAGGGUGCCAAGCUGUGACCAGAGGGCCACUGCAGAGCUGGCCCUUCCUAUCUCCUUUCCCCCUGUCCCCUCUCCCAUUGUCCCUCCCACCCACCUCCUCUCUACUCUGCCAGUCUCAGCCUUCAAAGCACUUGACAUCAGGGACCCUGAACCCUUCCCCAGGGAGGUGAGGGCCUGAUCAAGGCACGUCCUCUGCCCACUCGGGGCCCACCUGUGAUUUUUAUCGUUAAUGGCCAUGCCUCCACCCACCUUAGUUAGGAGCUAUUGCCAAAAAGCAUCCUUCAGCGUCUUCCUGUCCUUUAGAUGUGAUUACCAGUCAUUUGGAAGGAAGGGCUGGGGCUCUGAGCCAGAUUUCACACCUUAUGUUCAGUCACAACCCUCAGCUAUCUUCCCUCCGGCCCCUGGGCUACCUCUCCUCAGUCCCAGAAGACAAGUCUCUGGGAGUCAAGGACCAGCACACCAAAGUGGAUAAUGGACUUUUUCAUUCCUGUUUUUCUUGGCAGGAGAGAAGCAAAGCCACUAAAAGAUGAGAUGGUGGGAAAGGAGGGCCAGCGGUGGUCUUGAGGGAUACAGAGGGAAAGCUCACAUCUGCAGGGACAUCUCACUUUCAGGCUGAGGCCAUAGCAGGAGAGCUGCUGUUGGCUGCAGAGGCAGAAGAUGAAGGGCAAAAGGAAGGGAAAAGUGGUGAUGGCCAACCCAGAACAGCAAGAAGCAGGGAUUGGAGCUCAGGUGGUAGAGAUGACGAGGACACUGGGAGCUCAGGGCCCCCAGAACUUUGGAGCUAUACAGGCCACUCUAGGCCCAGGGGAAGUCCUCUUCCCCACCCUCCUCAGAGGCCCCCACCAACCCCACCUUGAGAGCACAACACAGGGGAAGGCUUGGACCAAGCAUAUGGGGCAGGAAUGCAUGGUGAAGGGGUAGGGAAUGUGGGAGGGAGUAUGGUGUGGAUGGGGGUGAUUCAGGGACUGAGGGGAACCCUGUGAUAGGCACAGGCUGGGCAGAGGCACAGGGCAGUGUAGGGGACUCUGCAGUGGAAUGGGGCAGUGAGUUUCUAUGUGGUGAGCAGCACAGUGGAAGUUGGGCUCAGAGGUAGCAGAGGGAUGUGAAGCAGGGGUGAAGGCCAUGUAGCAAGUGGGGAAAUACAUCCAAAGGGCCUGGGAGUUGGGGAGUGGCGAAGGCAAUGUGUGGGGGUGUAGAGUGGAGCAGAAAGUGAAGGAGUGACUCAUGCAAGAGUGAUAUGCAUGGUGGUAUGACAUGAGGACUGUUCCCUGGAUGGAGGGAUAGCAGGUAAGGCAGGACAAGGAGAAAGCAGGGCAGAAUGAUGCCUAGAGGACCACAUGGGGCAUGGCUCAUGGUUUGUGCCCAUUCGCUGUGGCAUAUGCCAGGUUGCAGGGCAGGAACGAGUCUGGCCUGAUGCCGGCCCAGUGUUUUCUCAGCUCAGCUCAUCCGUCCUCUAGACCGAUGGCCUAGCUGUUCUCCAAGUUCCAUCCUGGAAGAAGUUACUUCCUCAAGAGUUGGACCUCUUCUCUUAGCAUUAGUUCAGAUCAACUCAAGGAGCAUUUAUUAAUGGUUGCUGUGUCCAGUCUCGGGGCUUAGCCACCAAGGACACAAGAAUCAAUCAGACCAUAUCCCUGAAUUUGAGAUAGUCACAAUCAGUGAGAAAAAGAAGGACACGAGACAGUGGUGACAGCCAUUAGACAGAGACUUAAAAUGCUGAUGGAGUGCAGAGGAAGACAUGACUUAGGGAGGUUGGGGCCAGAGGCAGGAGUGGGGUCACAAUCAGGGAAGGUGGAUUCUAGGAAAAGGGGGUGCCUGAAGUAGGCCUUGGAAGGGGAUGAGUCAGAUUCUACAGAGGAGGAGGGCAGGGCUUGGGUCCAGUGGAGGAAGAAGGACAGAGAGGCUUAGAAAGCCUCUCUUGUGUCUUGGGAACACAAGGCCUUUGGACGUAUGGGUCCAGCCAUUCAGAAGUGCCGGGGCCAUGCCUCAGUGUUCCAUCAGGUGAAAUGGUGACAGUGGCAGUGGCUACCCUGGGCAGUUGGUAGGGUGCUGGUUCACUGUGCCCGGCCCUGAAUGUGUGCCUUUAAGGCCUCUACAAGGGGCCCCAUAUGACAGAGCUUUUAACUGGUGCCUUCCCUGUACCCACAGAAGCCACAAGUGGGCCCAGACUAUUGAUGCUCUCAGUUGACAGCCCAGCAGUCUCCCAUAAAAUGUGAGCAUGUUCUGAGUGUGCCAUGAUGUGAAUGGACCUGGCUGGACUCUUCAGAGAGCAACUGAGGUGUUCAAAUCAAAUCUCCCAGGAAGCCUCCUUUCAGCUCCUGAUUCUGGUAACUACCAAAAUCCCUUGGGUGGAAGUGUAGGGGCAGAGAUGGAAGGAUAAAAGAGGCAAAGUUGACCUUUUGAAAACAAAGCUCUGGCUGACAAGCCCCAAACUACCAGCCAUGUUUGGCAUGUCCCCACCCUCCACCCACUACCUUCCCUGACAAAGGAGUCAUCUCAGUUGACUCCUUUGUUUGGCCUAUCCAUGGUUCAGAGUCCACCUCUCCUGAGGGCCUGGUAAGGACUGAGACCCCGGUAGGGGGAUACCUUACCACCCAGCACUGCUUCACACGAGGACUCGUCCUGCCUGGGGCUCUCCAAGGAGCUUCCUUUACCCUCUUCAAGGUUAAGUCAAGUAAGAACGAUGAGAAAUAAGGAGAUGGUGUUUCCUUACGUCCUAGAUCUGUGUGUCUUUGGAAUGGGAGGUUGGAUUAUAUGCACUGAGGUCCCAUCCACAGCUGGUGCUCAGCUGCUUGAAGGGGAGACUCCCUCUUCUGUAACUUCUUUCUGGAGGAUCUGGAUGGCCAGGGGUGGGCAGCACCUAUCCCCAGUCCCCUCCUAGCUUGAGUUUGGUCACUUCUACAUUGGAAACCAUUGAAAUAUGCCCCAUUCCUAGGACAAAAGCACAACCAUUCUGAAGUUACUGAAGCAUAGGCUCAGCUCAUCUCCCCUUGGCCCCUUCUGCCACGGGGCCAUCUUGGCCCAGCAUCCCCACCUCAUUUCCAGAGCUCUUUCUUCCCCAUCUUGGCCUUUGUCUGUAAAAUUCAGGGGAAGCCAGGCUGGCCUCCAGAGCUCUAAAGCCCUUCCUUGGGGGUUGUCUUUCUGGGACUCACCCUGCUCUUUGGGGCCUGGGACCACGAGGAGCUACCUGUUGAGGGGGUCCCCCAGAGAUCCAGACUGUCAUGUGAUUUCUGGUGGCAUGUGUUGUGUAUUUGUUGGCUACUUGUGUCUUGAAGUGUAGAAUUAUUUCGUGCAGAAUUGUCACUAUUGGUGAGGAAGAGAAAUGGGCUAAUGGAAGCCCAGUCUUGAGUUCUUGUCUUGUCACCAUUUAAAAUUGACAAUUUUCAAAUCACUGUUGGUGCCUAAUCACUUAAGUUAUUAAUUUAUUCUGUUUGUAACAUAUUUAUCCUGUGGGUGGGUGGGGCAGGAGUGUGUUCAAGUGGGUCAUGUUUUUGCUGUGGUGACACAUGGUACAGGCCUGGAGCUUGCAGGUCCCUUUUGACUGUGGCGUUGGAGCAGGACAAUAAAGUCCACUAGAAAUGCACCCCAGAA